GUCAUUUCAACAAGGGGAAACCACCAUCAAACACAGACAUUCAUCUUGUUCGUGGCUUUACCUACACUGCUUUCAGUCAACAUGACUGCAGUCAGCGAUCUCCAAAGCCUUCUGCCAACUGUGCUGAUAUGGUUUGUUCACUUCAAGUCCUGCUUGUCUGAAGAGAGCGAGAAUGCAACCAUGGAGUACAGCACAGAAGACAACUUUUCCACUCUGGAUUAUGAUAUGUUUCCGACACUCUGUGAGAAGAAAUCCAACCGGAUGUUCCGCCUCUGGUUCGUGCCCAUCUUCUACACCGUCAUCUGUCUGCUGGGUCUGACAGGAAACCUCCUGGUCAUCCUCACUGUCUUCUUCUUCAAGCGGCUCAAGACCAUGACGGACGUCUACCUGCUCAACCUUUCCUUUGCAGACCUGCUCCUGGCCCUGUCGCUGCCCUUCUGGGCGGCCAACUCCACGGCCGAGUGGGUUCUGGGCCUUUUACUGUGCAAAGCCAUGCACACCAUCUACAAGGUGAGCUGCUACAGCAGCAUGUUCCUCCUCUCCUUCAUCAGUGUGGACCGCUACUUCGCCAUCUCCAAAGCCGUUUCAGCCCACCGCCACCGAUCUCAGGCAGUGUUUUUCAGCAAGGUGUCAUCAGCAGUCAUCUGGGUGAUGGCACUGAUGUUCUCCAUACCUGAGAUGGUGUACACCAACAUCAACAACAAGACCUGCACCCCAUUUUCCAGCAGUACUGACCCGCUUCGAAUCAGCAUCCAGUCAAGCCAGAUUGUCUUGGCUUUCAUCCUGCCUCUCCUGGUCAUGAGCCUCUGUUACAGCAGCAUCGUCAAGACGCUCUGCCAGGCUCGUAACUUUGAGCGGAAUAAGGCCAUCAAGGUGAUCCUCGCUGUGGUCGCCGUCUUUCUGGUCUGCCAGGUUCCGUAUAACGUCGUCCUGUUCUGGACCACGAUUGAAACAGCAAAAGGAGGAACAGACGACUGCAGUUAUGACAACAGCCUCCUCUACGCCACUGACAUUACCCAGUGUGUCGCGCUACUGAGAUGCUGCCUGAACCCGUUUGUCUACGCCUUCAUUGGGGUGAAGUUUCGUCACGAUCUGCUGAAGCUGCUGAAGGAUUUGGGCUGCAUGAGUCAGGAGAGGUUCUUCAAGUACACCUGCGGCAGGAGGAGGAGCUCUGGGGCCACAGACACCGAAACCACCACCACGUUCUCCCCUUAAAUCCGUUUCAGACCAAACCACCUCACGGACUAUUGAACAUUUGGACUAAUGUCUCAAAAAAUACAUAUACCGGGCUUUGCAAAAGUUCUGUUACACGGUUUCAUGAUCUUUAGAGACGUUUACAUGUUGGAGUGAAAAAUUCCAUUAAAUAAACUGAAAGUUCUACCUUAUAGGCAGGUGUCCUUAAUACAGUUUUUUUCUCUGGUGAAGUUGUAUCAAGAUGGAAGUCAAAAGAGUUGAGAUAUCUGCUCUCCUUCAUGCUGGCCACAACAAGUCUGACAGAGCCAAGCAGCUGAACAUCAGCCGGAUGACCGUCCACAGAGUCGCGGAGAGGCUCAAGAAUGGUGAAGAUCUUUCAGAUGAUCUUUCAAGAAUGGUGAAGACCUGAAAGAUCUUCACCAUCCUUUAGCCUCACCGCGACUCUGUGGACGGUCAUCCGGCUGAUGUUCAGCACAAAGGAGAGCAGAUAUCUCAACUCUUGACUUCCAUCUUGAUACAACUUCACCGGAGAAAAAAAUUUGUAUUAAGGACACCUGCCUAUA